AGGCGAUAGAGCUCCAUCAUCCAGCGUCGGGGUGUCAAAGUCGCGCGCGCACGAAUUGAACGAAGAAGGUGAUUUGCUUCUUUGCGUCUUUGCACUUUGUUGUUUCCAUUGAAGCCCUUCACGAUGCGUCUCACUUCUGCGCCUGCCUGGGUGGCUGCGGUGUUGCUCAGUUCUUUGGCAACAGCAUCCACGGCCUCCAACGUCAAGCGCGCCCCGGUGCCUUACAAGGUUCAGACGCCGCCUCUGGACACGGAUUGGACCUAUGAGGUCGGCACCGAUCCCUGGCCCGAGCAUCCUCGCCCGCAAUUGCGGCGCGAUAACUGGCAAAGCUUGAACGGCAUUUGGACUUUCCGAAACGCCGGUGGCGACGAUGCCAGCGACCCUCCGAGCGGACCUCUGGACCGCGAGACCAUGAUUCCCUCAUGCAUUGAGAGUGGUCUUUCUGGACUCCAGGAGCUCAACGUCACAAAUAUGUGGUUCGCGAGAGACUUCAAGGUCCCCCGCUCCUGGGGCGGAAAGUCGAUCGUUCUCAACUUCGAGGCCGUCGAUUACCAGGCGACCGUGUUCGUCAAUGGCGUCAAAGUCGGCACCAACACCGGCGGAUAUUUCCGCUUCAGCAUCGAUGUGACUGAAAAUGUCAAGGUCGGCCAGAGCAAUAAGCUUGUCGUCUAUGUCUUUGAUCCUACCGACGCGGACAUCAUCCCGGUAGGCAAGCAGACCAAGAACCCCAGCCACAUCUGGUACCGGCCGUGCUCGGGCAUCUGGCAGACCGUGUGGAUGGAGGGCGUCGCCUCAAACCAUGUGACCCAGCUGGACGUUGCUGCCGAUAUGCAUGGUCAAGUCACUGCUUGUGCUCACACUUCCCAGAAGGGGAAUGCAAAGGUCAAGUUCGACGUCAUUGACAGCCGGGGCAGAGUUGUCGCGACAAAGUCGGGUUCAGCCAACACCGAGGUCAAAUUCCGUGUCGAGUCCCCUAAGCUGUGGUCUCCUGCAUCGCCCAACCUGUACAAUGUCACCGUGACCAUGGGUGAUGAUAAGGUCCACAGUUAUACAGGCUUCCGCAGCAUCACCACCGGGGUCGUGGAGGGUGUCCAGCGCCCGCUGCUCAACGGCAAGUUCAACUUCCUUUUCGGCACUUUGGACCAGGGCUUCUGGCCCGACGGCCUUUACACGCCACCCAGCCGCGAGGCCAUGAUCUACGAUCUCAAGAUGCUCAAGAGCCUGGGCUUCAACAUGCUCCGCAAGCACAUCAAGGUGGAGCCGGACCUGUUCUACCAGGCUUGUGACGAAAUUGGCUUGAUGGUCCUCCAAGACAUGCCCAGCCUGCCCGCCGAUGGUAACAGACCCCCAAAUGAUGCUCAGCAGGCAGAAUUCCAACGCCAGCUCGAGAUUCUCAUCAAUGAGCACAAGAGCUACACAUCUAUUGUUACCUGGGUCAUCUACAACGAAGGCUGGGGCCAGCUGAGGACUCAGCCCUUUCCGGAGGAGAAGCUGACUGAGAUUGUCCGCGAAAUUGAUCCCACGAGGCUCAUCAACUCGGUGACGGGAUGGAACGACCACGGUUUUGGCGAUUUCUCGGACAACCAUCAUUAUGCCAACCCUCAGUGCGGCACGCCGUUCUAUUCUCUGGCGUCCUCGCCCUACGACCCCAAGCGAAUUGGCUUCCAGGGCGAGUUCGGUGGCAUCGGACACAAUGUGUCAUCUGAGCACCUCUGGAAGGUCGACCAAGCUGUCAACAGCAUCAACCAGACCUACGAGAUCAACGAAGAUCUCAACGCAUACAACUAUCGCGCAGGAGUUCUCUUCAGAGAAUUUCGAGAGCAAGUGGAGCGAUACGCGUGCAGCGGUGGUGUUUGGACCCAGACAACUGACGUUGAAGGAGAGGUCAAUGGCUUAUACACUUACGACCGACGCGUGCUUCGGCCCGACGCGGUACAGUGGAAGUCCGAUAUCCAGGCUCUGUACAAAGCAGCUCGGGGUAGAGGCGGGGUUUAGCUGGUACGCUGGCAAACCCAAUUGUUUGCUUCAGGCCCUCCCGUUGCGUCAUGCAUAUGGACACACCUUUAUUAGCUACAUGUACAUACUUGCGACC